AUGGUCGACACCGACAUCUGCUGCACCGUCGACGGCAGUUUAAAUUCUCCGACCUUUAACGUAGCCAUUUUAUCCGAUCUAAAUAUCAACGACUCCAAUAUCGACAUCGACGUCGACACCGGGAACGAGAUGCCGCUCGAUCUCCUUUCCCUUCCAGACGAUGUGCUCCUUAUGAUCAUGUCGUUCUGUGACAUCGAACGUCUACUUAACCUUCGCGGUGCCAACUCCCGUUUCAACAAUCUUCUUUGCACUUAUCCACGUCAAAUAUGCGAUCAAAUCAUACGUGCUCAUUUCCCAGACCCUUUUAUUGGUCACUACUUUCAAGAACUCACCGACUUUGAACUCUGUUAUUGGAAUCUACAAUCCCGCUUUGACGGUUAUGAUUACCAUAUUCGACAGCUCAAACGUUUCGGUGCUAUCGAGGGAUACCUCGAAGCAGUUGAGGAGAUCCUACACUUCUUGACUACAAAGCCUCCAAAGAUUCCAGGUCAGCACUUCAGCAUCAAGGGGCUUCCGAGACCGAACUCGGGGACGAAGAGAUGGGUUCUGAUAUACUUCACCAUGCUGUAUCAUCAUAACACUCUUGAUCUUUCGUUCCUUCAACUGCAUCGCCAUUGGCCACAAUACGUGCUGACUCCCACCAGCGAAGGUGGUUUGCGAACAAAUACCAUUCCUUACAUAUACUCGCAGCAGUGGGAAGAUGCAGUCGAUUGGGUCGAGCGUGUCCUUAUGGCUAAGAUAUGGCGGACGGUCUCUUCUGCUGACGUUAACUCCAGCCUGUGGAACUCCCCGUCCGAAAUCUUCCCACUGUUAAGAACCUUCGUGAGACAUACUCAUCCCGAAGAGCUCAAGGCAGUGGUCAGUUCCUGUUAUUCUUUGGAGUGGACCGGCAGGCUGGAUAAGCAGGUCUUGACAGAUUUUCGUUUGAGGAUGUUACCCUUUGGCGACGUUUGCGAGACGUGGACGAGGUUGUAUAAGGGCACUAUUCAUGACAAGAACAUUGUCUAA